GUGAUUGUGCACCCCGAGUUCCUGUCGUCUACCAGCCCUCUGCUGCCGCUGGACUAUGAAGAGUUUGUGCGGGGCUGUCACCUAGGGGUAUUCCCAUCAUACUACGAGCCCUGGGGCUAUACUCCAGCUGAGUGCACAGUUAUGGGGAUCCCCAGCGUUACCACAAACCUAUCUGGCUUUGGCUGCUUCAUGCAGGAACACGUAGCCGACCCCACGGCGUAUGGGAUUUACAUUGUGGACCGCAGGUUCCGCUCUCCUGAAGAGUCCUGCAAUCAGCUGGCCCAGUUCCUGUAUGGAUUCUGCCAGCAAUCACGGCGCCAGAGGAUCAUCCAAAGAAAUCGCACUGAAAGGCUGUCAGACCUGCUGGACUGGAGAUACCUGGGGAGAUUCUACAUGCAUGCCCGGCACCUAGCGCUCUGCAGGACCUUCCCAGACAAGUUUGAGAUGGAGCCCAAUGCCCCACCAAAGACCGACGGGUUCCGAUAUCCCAGACCACCAUCUGUGCCGCCUUCUCCGGCAGUUUCUCAGCCAUCUAGUCCUCAUGAAAGUGAAGAUGAAGAUGAAGAAGAUGGUGAUGAAGAAAGGUAUGAUGAGGAUGAAGAAGCAGAAAAAGAUCGUCAGAACAUCAAAUCCGCAUUUGCUUUUGGGCCAGUGUCUAAGGGAAAGAAGAUAAAACAUGGCGAAUAUAGAAACUGAAGUGGCAGAUGGUGCCCGCCAGAUCUAAUUAGCUCAUGUUGCUGUCUCAGUAGCUUAGACAUGAUUAGUAUGGAGAGGAACUUGUACAACCUAGUAAAGAACCCGUUCUCAGGGUAUAAAAGGCACUUAUGUGACACAUAUGGAUCAUAAAAUAGCGUUGGACUCAAAAUGUAAUAAACUUUAAAUGUUGCAAUAAAGGGACUGUAAACCAUGUAAUUUAAGUACUAACAAUGUAUCAUUUAUAUUAUCUUAUUGUAAUUAUUCAUAGUAUGCAGAGCAAAAGCGCAGUGGAAGUGGUUAAAAUCUUUAUUUUAUUUCACCUAAAAUCGCCUUUUCUGUCCGCCUAUGAAUAAUAACUUUUUUUUCUAUACUUACCGUCAUUGCCCCUGCAGCCAACAGCCGAUUGAACAUCCUUCUUCUUCUAUUUUAAAAGUGCGCGUUCCCUCUUCACGUACGCAUGCGCACUGCAAUCAGGCUUCAUCCUUAUACACAGAAUCGCAAUGCUUCGUCGUUCUGUGUUUCUGAUAGAGUGGUGAGUCACUCCUACAGACGAACGAGCAAGUGAAAUACUUAUGAUCCAUAAUUUUCUAUGUUUUGGACAAUCAUAUUUAUUUCUAAGCAAUAUAUUUUUAACCCUCAAUCAUCUUUGCAGAACAAAUCUAAAUCUAAUGUACCACAUAGAGCAUAAUUCCUUUUAUUUUUACAUACAUACUUUAGAUAGAUAUAUAUAUUGGGUUUUAAAAAUUAAACUUACCAAUUACAAUAUUAAAUUUCUUUUUGCUCGUUAUAGUCUAGGGUUGGUAACAGAUUUGAACUCGUUAUACACUAUACUCGGUAACAGAUUGGCAUAUAGGCAAUAAAUCGCACUGUGAUUUGCAUCGCGAUCCACUGCUUAUAUUGUGAAGCAGAGUAGUGGUAAUGUGCAUGCGUAGAGCAGGUCUAAAUGCGCGCUCCGGAUAAUAAAAUGGGCGUUUAUAAUCUAAAGUGUAAAGUAACGGCCCUGCAGCACUGUCUAUGAAAAAAAUUACUCAGGCUGCAUGGGCGGAUAGAGGGGAAAAAAAACAGUGAUUGUAUAAAAUAAUUUUUAAUCACUUCCGUAGCGCUUAGACUCUGCACAAUAGAAUCUUUAUAUUACACAUCAAAUUGUUAACAUAAUUAUUGUGUUUGCAGUGUUAUGAUUUACAGUCACUUUAAGGAAAAUAAAACAACAUUGCAAUAUACAA